AUAUAUCGUCAGCUGUAUUACCAUCGUAUUCUCCUGCAAUUCUGAAACAUUUACAAUGGAUGAUGGCAAAAGACUCGAUGGUACAGGACAUGUUCUUGGUGGGUCCACCGGGUGCCGGCGAAGUUUUUCGACGACGCCUAGCAUUUGCUUAUGCCCAAUUGACCAAAAAACCGAUUGAAAUCUUAACCAUAAGCGGGGAUUUGACAGAGUCAGAUCUUAAACAGCGUCGAGAAAUCACACAAAAUAAUGCUAGUGGCAGUGCAGAUACGUCCCCCACGAACAUCGAAUUUAUCGACCAGGCUCCAGUUCGAGCCGCCAAACACGGGAGGCUAUUGAUUCUUGACGGAAUCGAGAAGUCAGAGCGAAAUGUGCUUCCAACGUUGAACAACCUUCUCGAAAACAGGGAGAUGCAUCUGGAAGAUGGUACAAUGCUUCUGCCAUCUCACCGGAUCGAGCAACUGUCCUUGUCAUCACAACAUGAGACUCACGAUUCGUCAUCAUCAUUUUUGAUACCGGUGCAUCCCGACUUUCGGGUGAUUGCCUUGGGUAUUCCUAGCCCACCAUUUCCAGGUCGGAGUCUAGAUCCACCAAUUCGAUCAAGAUUUCAAAUACGACGAAUUGAGAACCCAUCUAGUGAAGAAUUGUACGAACAAACUCUGGUAGGUCAAAAGUGUAGAAAUUCUAAAGAGAACAAAGAUAACUAUUCAUCGUUGGCUAAAUCAUGUGCCAUCCUAGCAAGCGCCAUGGAAAAAAAUGGGAAUCUAUUUCCAUCAAACAAGCUCCAUUCGAUUUGGAAACUGAUGAAAGAGUUUCCGUUAGAAGAUCGUAAAAACAUAUUGCGAAGAGCCUAUCCAGUAAAGGGAGACGAAAUAUUUGAUACAGAUGAUACAUUUGAUGAAUUAGCGGGGCCCUUAGUUCAAAACCUCCGAGAAUCGGAAUCAGUCAAAGAGGAUAGAUCUCUUUCACAUUACAUGAUCAAGUCCGUAAAUCCGUGUGAUGAAGAUGGUGGCUUUCCUCGUGUCAAGAUCACCUUUAUGCUUGAUCCCGAAUUAACAUCACAAGAAUUACCACAGGAACACCCAUAUCUAUUUGCUCCUACUGCUGGUCGCCGCACCAACCUCAAUCCACCACAUUACAUUGCUCAAACCGCGACUUUUCGCAAAGCAUUAACAGCUAUGAUCCAAGAACAUGCUGUUGGAAACGAUUUCCUUUUGGUCUCAUCAAAGGGAGAGGGGAAAACAACUUUGGCUCAAGGAUUUGCUGCUACGUUGGGAUACGAUACGACACAUCUGUUCGCCAUGAACACAGAAAUGACCAGUCACGAUCUCCUCGCACGACGCUCCACGGAUCCAUCAACUGGAGAAACACAAUGGGAAGAUUCCCCACUCAUGCGAGCUGCUCGUCAAGGUGAAAUAUGUGUGCUAGAUGGAGUUGAAAAGUUGCGCCCGGAUGUAUUAUCGAGUAUACAGAGUCUGAUCGUAGAUCGAGAUAUUUCUCUUCCAGAUGGUCGACGUGUCCUGCGACAUGAUCGUAUCAUCAAACACAAUUCAGCAACCGAUGAUAACAUUGUCACAGUUAACCCAUCUUUUCGUGUUAUAGCUUUAGCCUCCCUCCCCAAAGGCAAAGAUGGUCUUAGGUGGAUCACUCCGAGUUUGAUGGCCAUGUUCACUACGAUACGCUUGCCAUCGUUGACAGAAGAAUGCCUUCGACAAAUCUUAAGUACGCACGCUUCUUCACAUGCAUCUAAAACAGCAAUCGAUACCAUUUUGGCUCUAAGAGAUGAAUUAACAGAUUCUGUCGCUGAAGAGUGCGGUAUUUCUCCGUUGUCAACAAGGAAUAUGGUUCAAGUGGUACGAAGGAUGGGACUACAAAACAGUUUGUACCAUGUCUUGUCCUCUAUUUUCCUCUUUGACCUUCUGCCCCAAAGACAGCGUCGCGCAUUGGAAACAGUUUUCAAUAGGAUAGGUGUUUCAGACUGCAAGUCAAAGCUCUCAACAGAAGACUCAAACUUGGAAUCUAUAGUUGUGAUAAAUGGCAACGAGGCAAAAAUUGGAUCUAUGACGUUUGAGCGAGGUGAUACUCGACGACCAGAGAUGGUACCAUCUCCAAAUGCAUUUGAUAUUCCAGCUCAUACUCAAAUCAUACAGGAUCUGCUCCUAGAUUGGAAAAGCGGCGAAAGAGCUUUUCUUCUUCUUGGCAAUCAAGGCGUAGGAAAAAACAAAAUUGUCGAUCGCAUUUGUGAAAUUGCAAAUUGGGAACGAGAAUAUAUACAGCUCCACCGAGAUUCAACGAUCGGUCAGCUCACUUUGACGCCACAACUAAAGGAUGGGAAAAUUGUUUGGAAUGAUUCUCCUUUGAUUAGAGCACUCCGUGAUGGUUGUGUUUUACUUGUGGACGAAGCCGACAAAGCACCAGUUGAAGUUGUAUCAAUUCUUAAAGGUUUGGUGGAAGAUGGGGAACUCCUACUCGCAGACGGACGUCGAAUUUCGAGACAAGGUGGUAGUUCAGACUACGACGUGAUAAAAAUGAAUCCGAACUUCAGUCUUUGGGUACUUGCCAAUCGGCCGGGGUACCCCUUCCUUGGAAACGACUUCUUUCGAGAAAUUGGUGACUGUUUCAAUACAAGAGUUGUGAAUAAUCCUGACUUGGACUCCGAAAUCCGACUUUUGUCAUCGUACGCUCCAAGCUUGGAAACAUCGGUUAUUCACGCUGUUGCAUCAUCGUUUUCGGACCUUCGUCAUCUCUCUGAUAUUGGUGAUAUAGCCUAUCCUUACUCAACCCGAGAAGCUAUUGCAGUAGUCAAGCAUCUUGAAAAAUAUCCUGACGAUGGAUUGGCAGCUUCGUUGUACAAUAUUCUGGAUUUCGAUUCGUUUGAUGAAUUGACGUACUCGAUGCUAGGGCAGACAUUUCAAAAAUAUGGAAUCGCAAUUUCUGACUACACAAGUCGGAAAGAAGAAUUACUCGGAUAUCAUUAUCAUUCAAAAGGAGAUCUAGGACAAGGCUUGCAGAUUGAAUACCUUACUUUCGGUAGAGAUGAAGACCGCAAAAGCCAUAACCCUCCAAAACUUUCAGAUCCAAAGUUUGGUAAAUGGGACGACAAGAAUGAGGCACAUGUUGGGGGUAACCAAUGGGCAGGUGGCACUGGUGGAAGCGACACAGCAGGACUGGGUGGCAGAGGUAAGUGUAUCGUAUUUCGCACAGAUCUUGAUAUAAAAUCUUUUUGAUUUGUCAUCUCAAUUCUGCUCGAGUUCUCUCUACAAAAUAGGAGGCCCAUAUAGGUUGGACAGAGGCCAUCGAGUUCAUCAAGUCAGCAAUGAAGCAAAGGAAGAAGUCUCGGAGCAGGCUAAACUUGUUGCGAAACAGAUCGCCAAAAAAGCUCUCGAUGAUCAUUUGCAAAGGAUUAAAAUGGGUCAAGAAGACUACGAAAUGUACAAGGAAUUUUCAGCAAACAUACAAAAUGAGGUAUCAAGACUUAAGAACAUCCUCGCUAAUAUUGAAUCGCGAGGCAGUGAACGUGGAUGGUUGAAACGACAGUCAUAUGGAGAUAUCGACGAUGCAAAACUUGUGGACGGAAUUACAGGCGAUAAAUAUAUCUACAAGAGGAGAGGCAGUAUUGAAGAUUCCCCAAUUCCGAAACGAAAACAAAUUCGUUUCGUUAUGGAUGUUAGUGGCAGUAUGUAUCGUUUCAAUGGCUGUAAGUGUGAUUGGUUUCCUAUAGUUACAGCACGAAAGUGCGAUACUAGGGAAUGAAGACACGGGGCACUAAGAGGCUUACCCGAGUGAAUACUUUUGAAAGAAAGACUUUAUCGGUGCAGUAAAUGCAGAAUCUUUCUCACAUUUGUUGCCGAUUGUUAUCAUGCCUUGAUUCUGGAUACAGAUGACCAACGGCUUGUGCGUUGUCUCGAGGCCGCGCUGCUUGUCAUGGAAGGUUUCCACUCAGAUGUUGUAGAAACUAAGAAAUUCGAUUAUAGUAUCGUUGGUCAUAGUGGUGACUCGCCAUGUAUUCAGCCUCCAUUUGUGGAUUGGUCAUUGCCACCAAAAAACAAACAACAACGCUUGCAAAUACUUCAAACAAUGCUGGCGCAUAGUCAAUAUUGUAUGAGCGGAGAUUUUACCCUUGAGGCAAUGCGAAAGGCAAUCGACGAGGUUUCUAGUAGAACAGAUGAUUAUGGUGGCAGUGAGCUCGGCAACCAGGGCACCGUAAUAUGUUUGAGCGAUGCAAAUCUUGCACGGUAUGGGAUCGAUCCUGGUCGGAUACGAAGUAUUAUCGAAAGCGGUGUACAGAAGGGUGUAAAGGUAUACAUAGUAUUCAUUGCCAGUUUUGGCAAGGAGGCAGACGCUAUGAUGAGGGCAUUGCCUAUUGGAUCCGCAUACACAUGUAUGGAAACCACUGAAUUGCCACGUGCAGUGAGAGAGAUAUUGACAUCAGGGGUCCUAACAUGAGCCCUGAUCCCGAAUCUUGAUAUGUCAACUUUUUUGUGGGUGAAGCAAAUUUAGGUUCAAUUAUCUGAAGACUAUUACGAGUACCUACCUAUAUGAUUGAAAUAUAAAUAAAGGCUUCAG